ACUUCCUUUGUAACAGUGCCCUGAGAGGGCUGCUUCCCCCCAAGGGCCAACAGCUCUGGGAGGGCUAGGAGGGAAGUGAGGGUCAGAGCUCCCAGGGGUGUGGGUGCUGCCUAAAACCUUCCAUCGUUCCAGCAACAGCUCUGGACUAUGCCUCUCUCACUCCCAGGCUUUUCCCUGGCCUCUAAGCCUCAGUGAAAGGCGAUCUCUAAACUCAGGAUUUCUCAUUCAACCCCACCAGUUUGCACGGGUGCUUCCCUGCUGGCCAGCACAGCGGCUUCUCAGUAGGGACUGGAACUAGAACAGAAAACCUCUGCUCUUGGAAGAUAGUGGCGCCUAGUGGUUAGAGCGGGGGGGGGGACCACUGGGAAUCAGGAUUCCUGGGUUCUAUCCCUAGCUCUGGCCGUGGGGUGGGUUAGGGCAGGAGGAAGGGACAAAGAUGACUUGGAAAACCAUCUUGGUCUGAAAAAUGCUGUCCCAGCGUGAGUUGGAUCCUGCAAACGUGCGAUGUGGGACUUCCCACAGAGUAGUUAGAUCCGUGUUUAGUUUAAGUUUUUAGGGACAUUGUGGGGUGGUCUGCUGGGGGCACAGCUCUGCGCAACUGCUCAGAGGAUCGGGACCCAAGUGAGCAAAGUUAUUUAUGUGGCCUGGUGUUUGCUGGGCUGGGAGUUUGUACUGCUACAAAUCACCCUGAAGGUGGGUAAAACUGAAAGGGUGCUGCGCUCUCGCUCUCUUUCACCCCCACCCAUCCCCUCCUCUCCAAACACGCUUCCUCUGUCUCGUCUUGCGCUUUCCUUUGCACAUGUGUGUCCGUUUCACCCGUCCUUCGCCCCUUUUGGAGCUGGGCGUUUUAGAGAAGCUAAUGUGUCGAGCCCCGCAAAUCCACGGCCAGUCCGCUGUAUAUCCGCAGAUGUGGUUGUGGUGUUUACGAUCUUUGCGGAUCCGAUGUGGAUCCGGCUUUGUGCAUCAGCGCGGGUCUCUACCCGUGAGCGAGGGCGCUGCUGCGGAUACCUAUAAAAAGUGGAGCGCGGGUCGGCCACCAGUUAAUUAUCCAAAUGUCUGUAUCCGCUCAGGGCUCCAAUGAUCCGUCUCUAUUUCGAGCUAGUCCAGCGUCCCUCUGAACAACCUCCUGGCCUCCAAAACCUGGUUCUCUUCCAGCCUGUGUGUGUGGGGGGUGGGGGGAAUCUUUCCGGGUUUGCCUUGCAAUCCAGCAUAUUUCAAUGGUCCCGCCUCUUUUCACGUGGGAGGAGAACCUGUCAGCUGGCACCCACUCCAGCCAAUGGGGUUGGAUUACGCAAGGUCGUGACGUCUGUCCAAGUUCCCGGGAAAUACAAGCCUCCAAGAAAAUAUCAGCCAGUGCCGCGAAGGGGACGGACGCACGUAGCAGCUGCUACGGGGACCAAUGUCGGGACUAAAGACGCGGCUCUUUCUUGGGUCCCUCUGGCUGGCUGCAGGGUGCGGACAGGUGGCAGGACCUGGAGCCUGGCCCCCCUAUAACCUGUCUGUGCCCGAAGGCUCCUCUGGGUGUAUUAAAAUUAACAUAUCUGAGAAUUCAUCUCUUUUGUGUAAGAUGCAAACCGCCAUCACAGCCACCUCCGAUCACUCUGCUUGUGACCCCAUCCUGGCGUUAAUUAAUAAAGAAAUCCGGAACUACAACAGCACAUUCAAGGGACGGAUCUCUCUAUCAGACCAGCUUGUUACUGUGAAGAACGCAAGUAAAUGGAUGGCCGCGGAAUACCAAGUUCUUAGUUUCCUUCAUGGAACCUGCAUGGCUCGUAUCAAUCUGACAGUUCCUGAUUCUGUGCCUGCAGGUCCCGUAUCGGAGACCCCGUCUGCCAGAGAGGGGGCUGCCAAUCUGACUGGAGAGGGAAGUAGCCGAGGGACACUUUCCAACGGCUCUCCGGAUCGGGAGCCAGGAGGCCUCUAUGGUGUGUGGAUAUCGUUUGGGUUCAUCACUGCUUUGUUCGCUGCUGCUGCACUUUAUGUCCGCUGGAAACGUGUGAGAGAAGGACCAGGAACCCGUCGUGGUGGUGAAGAGGAAGGGAUCUCCGACUCGGCAGACUCCCCUGUUUGCGUGCUGGCUCGUGCCUCACAUCUGCACAAGGCUGGAACCCAAGACGGAGAGGCUGGUGAGGAGAUCCCACUGAACGGAGAGAUGGUACAGCCCCGGGAACUGAGCUGACGGCCCCAACGCAGCCGAGAGGCAGCACUUUAAUAGCGUUGAAUGGCCGAGGUGCGGGCGCCUCCUGUGUGUGCUGAACAGCUGCGAUCAUUGCACUAGCCUGGAUGUGACUUCUCCCCAUGUGAGGCUCUGGGUUGGGACACCUGGGUCUUCCACCAACCCCCUGUCUAUGGGUGAGUCACUCAGGGCCGAAGAUUCAAGAGCUCAGACUGAGAGUGGGGUGUUAAUCCGAAGGCUCAUGCAGCUGCCUAACUGGGAACUGAGCUACUCUGAAAAUCUGGCCUUCUUUCCCGUGCCUUAAUUUCCCAUCUUUAAAGUGAGACACUCCUCUGUGUAGAUUGUAAGCACUUUGGGGCAGGGACUGUGUGUGUGUGUGUGUGUGUGUGUGUGUGUGUGAUCACUAUGGGGCCCUGACUGGAGCUGUAGGCUCCCUUGUAAUAUUAAUAAUCAUAAGUAAGGCUACGAAUCUGACAUGGAGCUUACAGACGCUGUGAUUCUUUCUUUUAUGAGCCCUCCACAACUUCUGGUCGAUCCCAAUAAUUCAACCCCGGGCAGCAGGGUUUGGGCAUCCAUGAAUUAUUAUUUAUUGCCCGUGUCCUGUCCAGGAGUUUUCAUAAAAAUACCUGUGCCAAAAUCGUAGCCUUGAUCAUAAGUAAAUGUGAUUGGUUUUUUUAAUCUGUUUUUACUAUUGUAUUUAUCUCUGUGCCUGUCCCUUUUGUCUGUGACAAGAUUUCUGUUUAGACUAUAAGCUAUACAGCAGAGGAAGUGGGUCUCAUUUAUCUUUGCACAGGGGGGCACUGAUCUCUGCUGAAGACUUGGUGCAACUGCAAUACACACAAUAAAAUCACAGCUCUCUGAAC